CAGAAGUUGCAGUCUGAAGUUGAUCGACAGAAAUGUGAACGUAUCAAAUUGCAAAAUAUGGUCUUCGAAUAUCAAAAACUUGUGGAUACCUUACCUAUAAAUGAACAAUUACAACAUAUGAUACAAUUGCAACAACACCUUCGGACGUCAGGAAAUAUGAUUGAAGAGAUUACUGUUAAUCGUAAUCCGCCCGUUGAGCAACAGCAAAACUCUGUAGCGUCAACUAGCAAUUCAUAUAUAUUACUAGACGAUUCAACUACUUUACUAAAUUUGCCUGACGAUAGCCAAGAACAAACAGUCUCAAAACGAAUAGGUAAUCUGUUGUUAAAAAUAAAAAAUCAGCAAGAAGAAAUGAUUCUCAAUGCUGUUUCUUCUGACCAAAUUAAAYGUUGCCCAGAAGUAGUUUCCAAUAAUCUUGAUGUUAAUAACGCGGAACAAAAUGAUCUAAAAAACUGGCGUGAUUUGUGGCCUGCAUACGAAGGCAAGCUUGAUAAUGAUGAAUUGAUGGAUGAAGAACAAAGGUUAUGUCGUACUCAAGAAUUGAUUGAUCAAUACUAUUUCAGUAGUAAUGACCAAAAAUCAGUACAUUCGUUAGAUCAACAAAAACGGAGACUUGGACGGUAUGGACAAGAACUUCUUGAAAAAGAGCCACCUGCGUAUCAGCAACUACGAAUGAAACAAACAAUGCCAUUAGAAACACCAGCAAGACCAAAUAUUACGGAUCAACAAAUACUAAAACCACAAAAUCUACAGAAUAUUGAGCAACAUUUGCCAGAACGACAAAAAUGUCUGGACCAAUAUAAGCGACUUGAACGAAUUGAGCAAUUAGAUAAAAAAAAACACUUAUYAGGACAUCGACAACAACAAAUAAAUGAACAAAUUAUUCAAAAAUCACAAAACAACAAGCAAACUAAUUCUGGCAAUGAACUUACCCAUAUUCAGCAACAACGAUCACAGUUAUGUUUGAAAAUCGCUAAAUUUCAAAUGUCACCAACGCUAUGUUAUGACGAGCAACUUCCACUGCGUGACCAAUUGUUGCGUAGAAUCAUGAAAAAGAAAAACUUGCUAAUAAUCAACUUAAAUCAGCAACAGCAGCAUUCUAAACCCACAGCAGUGCCUGAUACUAGAAAUGCAUCAAAUGCAAAUAUAAUGAAACUAACGAGUAGAGGAUCGCGGUAUUGGUGGUCGAUCGUUGGUCUACAACGGCAAAUAUCACCAUUAGUUAAGGGAAAUGACCAUCGAGAUGAUUUAGAACUAACGCCUAUGUCAAUGACGCCAAUCAGCAAUCUUCCACAGCUGACUAGACCGCAAUUGGAUGAUAGAUUUGCAUCAGUUAUAGACAUUCGCUCGAAAAAUGUUACGGUAAAUGAAAGUAAGCUUAAAAAGUGGAUGACGCCACAUUUAAUUAACAUGAUGACARAUGAUGAAGAGAUUUGGGUGGAUCAAUUACAAACCAAGAUAUCACAGCUUGAUCAACAAGUAGAUCAACAUUGGGAAGCCAUGAUAGAUGGGCAGCAACAACAAGUGAAAUUACUUGUGAAUUAUGAUAAACGACUGCAAUGGGAAAAAGAAAAGAAACGAUUAGAACGUGAAAGACAGAUACAGCAGCUAAAAAAACGAACACCGUUUCAAGCGUUGCCGGUACACCAUCAGCAAACACACACAUUACGUGGGGAAGGCCAAAUGCAGCAACAACAAUCAGAAAUACCAAUAAUUGUAAUCGAUGAUGAUGAUGAGGAAGAAUUACUUAAUGAUACCACAGUCGUUGACACGAAACAGGAAACACAUACUCAUCCUGUAUUCAUUGAUGAUGAUCUGCUGAAACAUAAAAUAGAAACAAAAGUAUUCUAUGAAGAUCAGCAURAGGAUAUCAGUAUUCAAUGGAAAAAGUUGGAAGUUAUGCGUAAAGCAAACCAAAAGCAAUGGGAAUUAAAAAUUAAGAAAUUAUACUCUUAUAAGGCAGCCAAUCAAAAAUUUUGGAGGGAAAUGUUUGAACGUUUGAUGAGCAAAAUUAAGAAUCCAAAUUUAAUUAAAUCUUUAGAAGAACUCAACGGAGGGCCGUUUAGAUAUUCUGAACGAACAAAACUUCAGCUUCAAAUGCUACUUUUGGAAUCACAGCCCAAUGAAAAACCUGGAAUGUUUCAUUGUAAACAAAAACCUUCACAAAAGCAAGCCGUGAAAAACCGCUCGCAGAAAACACCAACAGAACCGGAUGAAACUUCAAUGCUGAUUAAGAAAUCCAAAAAAACAAUUAAACUAAAACGGUCAACACUUAAAUUAGCUUUACAAAAACGCCCUCUAUACAAACAAGGAGAACAAAAAUAUAAAAAAAAUCUCCCACAACAUUUAAACGACAGCACCAAAAGUCAACUAAAAAAAUCCCACGAACACCAAGAAGCAGUCAAUAUUCGACAACUACGUAGUAAAAGAACCGUAGUUGUAAAUGAACCAUCACAAAAACGAACAAAACGAUCAAAUCACCAAAAUCAAAGUAAACCACUAUUACAAAAAAAGGCGAUAGAACAGCAGGAACAAUUUUCAACGAGGUGGUUCCAACAUAAUCAAAUGUUAAUGAAAAUAAAAACUCCGGCUGUGACUUUAAGACACAUUUUCCUGCUAAGAAACAGAAUACUCCAAGUAAACUAUAAUCGUAAUAAGCGACUACGGAAGCAAAAUCAGCGAUCGGUGCCCAAGCAAGAUAUUAACAUUGAUUCCACCGAAAUGCAAACUCAGCAAAGCCGAAAUAAAACCACCAAGUUGGUUCUUAAAAAAAUGGCGUAUACGCUGCAUAAUCAACGAUCCUUGUUGCAGCGCCAACUGGAUAGAUUAAACGAAAACCACCCUAAUAAAAUUGAUGAACAACUAGAACCACCAGUUUCAAAGACAAUGAUUAUGUCUGUUCGACAACCUUUGAUAACUUCGCUGAUAUUGCCACCACUGCAAACAUCAACCAUAAAACCAGAAUCUUUGACUUCUACUGUUGUAUUAAGUCCACAGCAACCUUUAACAUCCAUAGAUCAAUCCACGAUGUCUUCUAUAAUGUUAAAGUCACAAAUACCAAUUCAACCUAAUCAACCAAUUUCGUCAAAUUCAKCAAACCAACCAUGUCAACAAAAGCAACAGGUUGAAAAUAAACGCCAGAUUUUAAAACAACAACUCAACAUAGUACAUAGUAGACUAAAACCACUGAUGGAAAUGUGGCGCCUUUCACUUCAGAUGCCUGGAAGCUGGUUAUGCCAACAAUUGGAUGAUAUUGAGCAGUUAAGACGGAAAGAGUUCUCAAAUACACCCAUGUUACAGUUAAUGCUUUCGCAGGGCCAACAGCAAAAACAAGAAACACUUCAAAAUAAUGAAGUUUCAGUGAUGAUGGAUUCAAACGCUAUGACCCAUUGUUCAUUGCAACAGUUGCAACGGAUUCGUGAACAUCUGGAUUGGCGACAACAACGAUUACGUGAUUUAAUAGAUGACUUGCUGAUAUUGAUUUGYCCAGAACAACACCCAAUGUUGUCUAUGACAUCUCAGCAAUCUUCAAGUUGUUCCGUGCUAAUCAAACUACAACAAAAUUCGUCCAUGGCGGAACAGAUAAAUUCAAAGUAUUCAGCGCUAUUGAACUUGCAAAGCCCUUCAUCGUGGAAACAUGUGCAACAACAAUUUUUUACCUAUUCAUUGUUACUUAAGCUGAAACAACCAAUGACUGCAAAACAGCAGUCAUUGGUGUACUCAACAAUAUUAAAACUUCAACAACCACCAAUGCCAAAACAAUCUUCAUGUCUUCCAAUGACGAACACUACACUGCAACUUCAAACACCUAAACAGCAACAAUCAAUUAGUUUUGUUUCAGAAAACCUAAUGGACAACUCAACAUCCAUUAAUAACAAACCUUUACACAUUCCUAAUAACCAAAUACAGGAAAAAAGACGGCUCAGUAGUGGAGAUGAAACUGAUGAUGGUUGCAAAAGACUUAAAUCGUCUAGCAAAAAAAGACCCAUAUCGCCUAAUAAUACCAUAAGUAAUAAGCGAUCUGUGCCUUCUCUUACUAAAAAUACUGGCAUUGACAAAAGUCUCCCUAUUAUUGAUCUUGUUGAUUCUGAUGAUGAUAUCGAAAUAUUAGAUUCUGAUUCAAGCACUGAGUCAUCGAAUGAAGCUAGCUUUGGUGUGCAAGUUUCAGARAAAUCCCCAUUAACAAUUAAAUUUAUUAAAAAAAAACCAAUUCCAUGUGCACAAUCGGUAAUACCAAAUAUUGAAAAUAAAUCGGAAUUAAAUGAAUUGAAUUCUGUAAUAAAAUUAAAAAAAAAUAUAAACAAUAUUGACUUGGACAAAGGUUUAGAAGAGACACAUAAUGAAUAUUCCAAGGAAGAUAAAAUGAUGCAAUUACAAGACAAAKGUGAAGAUUUUAAAACAUUAAAAUCAAAUGAGUUUGAAGAUAAUAAAACGCUAACCAAUGAAGAAAAAAACAGUAAAGAUGUUAUAACUGGAACAUCUGUGCACACGACUAUUGUUAGUAGGCCCACUCAGAUAUCUGUCCUUGUCAACAGACCAAAUGAGGCAUCGGCAAUUAACAAACCAUUCGAUAGCAACAAUCAAAUAUUUAAGGUAGCAGUUGUUGAAUGCUCAUCAUCAAUGAUUUCGAAUGUUGGCAGCAACUGUAUAAAUGUGGUGCCUGAAGGUAGAGAUACAAUAAAAAUAAUGGGUGGUGUUAUUAACCCAACAUUCGUAAAUAGUGCUGAUAGGACAAUAUCAGUCAUUAGUAAAUUAACAGAGGCAGCAGUGAGUGUCAUCAGAAAAACACCAGCUGCAGUGCACCAACAUCAUAAGCCUGCAGAUGAUCCAAUACUUACGCCGAUGAACACACCUAUUUCAAAUUUGAAAAUGACAAAGUCAAUGGAAAAACCCCAGAGUAGCAACAACGGAACUGAAGGUACCAUCGAAAGUAUAAAAAAAAAUAGAAUUGUUACGACAAACGAMCACUGUCGAACUGGCACAUUUUCAAAAACUGCGCGGCGAUAUCGACGCUUAAAUCGUACCAGAUGGUUAGAAACUCGUGGACCAGCUGUUCCUACGUUCCAAGACCAUGGAUUUCCUGAAGGUACUAUUGAACAAGUAGUUCAUGGACGGUUCGUGACCACUAUAAUGACUAUGUCGUCUGCACACACUAUUGCGUCAUAUAUACCUCCACCGAUUCCACGGAUACCGUUUGACUAUGCUUCUAUGUAUCAACCUAGUAGAAAUAUGGCGUCUACGGCCAUGGCUAAUAGUAAUAGAAACGUAGACAAAACCAAUCAAAAUCAAAAUAUCAAAACAGCCAACACAUCAGUAACACCACUAUCCACCAUGAUGAGUUGGAUAGAGAAAACUGCAGCGAUCUCCUCAAACAUUGCAUGUGGUAAUGGUCAUCUUUGGAAAGGUUGCGCACGGGCAUCAGGCCCUACCCUAAUGACUUUAAGCAAGGUAACCAAAGAAGCUAUAUCACGAAAUACUGCUAUCCGAUCACGCGAUAUUCCUUCGUCUCAUUUGACGAACAUACCAGCUAGAUUGUCGAGGUCCUCCACAAAGGAGCCCACGCCAUUAGUUGCAAAUUCGACAAAACGAUCCGUGUCAGAAACAGUACCUACUUCGCCUUUCUCUAAUAGUAACGGAAAACAACAAACAAUCACCAAAAGAUCUACUUCGCUAACUUUAUUUCCAUCUGCAGACGAGCUUCAUGAUAGAUCCAAGUCAGCUUUAGUGAUUCCUAGUGUCAGUAGAAAAGAACAAUCUAAUUCUGUAAUACAACCCACCAAAAGAUCAGCAUCAGAAGCAUUUUCAUCUGUACCGCUCACAACGUCUAAAAUAAUGACAGGCAUUUCCGUUCCAGCCUUGGAAACAAAAAUAUCUACAUCAAAAAAAAUGAUCCAACCGCAAAAGAGAUCUAAAUCAGCAGUUACAACUACCAAUACCUCUAUUAUCGACGUAUCAUCGACUUUAACGAAACCUAGUCAACGUGAAGAAUGUCUAUGGCCACUCAAACGAUCUGCAUCAGUAGCGGAAUAUGUUUCUCCCUCCAUAACUAGUAAAAUUUCGGGCUUGUCAYUUCCAGCUGUCGAAUCGCACAAGAGAUCUAUGUCAGCCGCAGUUAUUACUCCUGUAGUAGGGGCAGCCGCUGCAUCAAACAAUAAUUUCAUACAAUCAAAACCGAUAAAAAAGUAUGCGUCAAAUUCAAUCAUCCAACCUGAACUAACAUUGCCUAACGCCACUAUACCUGAAUUGAACAUUUUAAAAACAUUGCCUUCCGCAGCAAUGUUGACGGCAACACCGAAUGAUGCAAAAAAUAAUGUAUUUACCAAUUCGGCUAUUGAAACCAGUGAUGAAAGCGACACAGCCUAUGAGAAAACGACAACGAUCACAGAUGAAGAGCAGCGCACUGUAACUGUAACUCGAACUAUUUGUCCUACUAUUCCGGCACCUAUGGACGUAACAGCUGAUGCAUGCUCACUUGUGAAGGCCGCGUGUGAACAAUUCAUUAAAUCAAUGGUGAUGGAACUGCGUUUAAAGACGGGUCGUGGUUCCGGAAUGCUUGAACUGCGCCGCCGAGACGCAUUCGCUGCCGCCGUAGCAGUUGACGACGAAAUUCGACCAUUUCCUGAUUAUUGUCGGACGCCGGCUAUUGGAACAACCAUUGUUAAUCCAUCGACAUUAGCACACACACAAAGAGAAAUUAAUGUUGUAGAAAAGGAGCCUGCAUCGGAACAGAUAUCCAUCACCACCGAUAAUAAAUUUGAUAAAAAAUUCAUCGUUAUGACAACAGACAAACCGGACCACGAAAACGAACAUCGGGUUGUAUUAAAACAACAGUCAAUUAUCGCUGACAGUAAAUCGAAUAAUAAGUUGUCCKUACUGACGGUUAAGACGGUAAUUGAAACACAGACCACUUCUUCCACGACGACUACCAUCAACAAACUGCAUUGUCCGACAACUAUUACUACUGAUUCAACUACAAAAACGAAGUCAUCGAGGUCAGUGAUCGAAGGGACUUCAGCCAGGACGAGAGGAACGGUAUUAUURAAGAAAUCAAGAAAUUCAGCGUCUACUUCGGAGUCUACGAUUCCAUCAUCCAGCGAGCAACAGACAACUGGUGAUCGGUUAUCCGUGAAGCAAGUAGGCGCCGGAAAGCGGUCGAUGAGCCCUCCGCCAGUUAUUGCACCUCAAACAACAGUGAAACCUCCAUCCAUGGUCGGCGAAGCCACCAAGACGCUUCCCGAUGCCACGUUGACGUUCAAUACUUCCAAGUCGACUCGCAGAUUUUUUGUAGAUCGCAGUAGAUCACUGUGGCAACCCACUUUCAAUCGGCGACAGCCGUUUGACACGCUAGUAGACACUGCGAUAGCCGCGAAUUCAACUUCCUCUAACAACACGUUCUUUUCAGACGACUGUAGCCAAGAUGUAGACAAACAUUUAAUCGAUACCUGGGGCUGUUAUUUCAGCAAUCAGAAAAUGUUACCGCCCUUAAGCAGGUUGAACAAUUUCUUGAAUUUCGCUGACAAACUGGAAAUGCCAUCGUCCGAAUACCACGAUGGAGGAGAUACCGGUGAUGGUGACCACGAUACGGUCCACCAAGCGUCGUCAAAUGCAUCGACGAAAUUACCGGGCGGCAUCAAGAAGCUAUACGACAACAACGCUCAAGAGAAAAUUUCAUUUUUAAAURAUAUACAGCAACUGAAUACCAUGCAGGCUUAUCAGAAACAAUAUAUAAUGGAGUUGGAGGAAGAGAUGAAUCGGCGGGUUCAAGAGCACCAAAGCCGAGAACCCGACUCCCAAAAAGUAUACUAUCAAAAGUUCUUGAAACUACAGUUCGGUUCAACAAACAAGCCACCGGAGCAUUCAAUGUUGCGGUUCUCUCCGAAUGACCACAAUAGCUUGAUAAAUUGGUAAAAUCGGCUUGCUCACAAAACUUUACAUUGUAAAAUCAUUCCAUCGUGUUCUGUAUUUUACGCAAGUGAUAUAACAGAAUUCUUUCUUUAAAAAAAAAAAAUGUAUGUAAAAUAGAGUUUUGGUAUUUACUUAUUUCUUUGUACAUCGAAGUUAUUACUAUAAUAAUAAUUUUUUUUUUAAACUAUUGAUAAAACUAUGUUCAGCAUU